AGAAAAAAAAGAGGAGCAAACACUAUUAUCCCUGACAUUUUGCAUUUACCAUUAUGUUCAUUUAUUCAAUCCAACCCUUUCUGUUUAAAUUACCCCUCUCUCUUUCGCUUCAGAUCUCAUCAGUACAUGAAGGUCUUUCAAGAAGCUUUGUUCAUUCCUUGUUUGCGAAAAAGUAAAUCUGAAAAGACUAAAAUUGGGUGGAGCUCUUUUGGCUGGCAACCACAAGUAGUUUCCUCUUUUUGAUGUCAAAUUGCUUUCCUUUCUAAGAAGCUAGGGCUUUCUAGGUGCCAUUGAAGCCACAGAUGUUCUCUUCCACGAGCAGUACUAUCCAUCUUUUUCAGAGCCUUUCCUCUUCUGCUUUCAACCCUCCUCCUUACAUUACUGACCAUGAAACAACUGACAUUUUCCAUCAACACCACCACCACAUUGAUCCGCUUACAAUUCCUUCAGUAUCAACCAACCCAUUACCAGUCACUGAGACCGUGAUGAACAUGGCAGCUUCAAACAACAGCAUGAUGUCUGAGCAAGAUGUUACUGCUCUCGAUGGAGAACUUUAUAAUCGUUCUCAUUUUCUUUCUGGAAAAAAACCUGUAAAGAAAGAUAGGCACAGCAAAAUCUACACAGCUCAAGGCUUGAGAGAUAGGAGAGUGAGAUUAUCCAUUGAAAUCGCGCGUAAGUUCUUUGAUCUCCAAGAGAUGCUAGGGUUUGAUAAAGCAAGUAAAACCCUAGAGUGGCUGCUCACCAAAUCAAAAAAUGCCAUUGAGGAACUAGCCAAGAAUGGAGGUGAGAAAUGCUUGUCUUCUACUUCUACUAAUUGUGAAGUUGUAUCCAAAAGUUGGGACCUAGAGGACAGAGUACCUUCAGAGAGUCAAAAGCAAAGGAUGAAGAAGAUGCAAAACAUAGCAGUCGAUCUUCUUGCCAAAGAGUCGAGGGCAAAAGCUAGAGAAAGAGCUAGGGAAAGGACUAGAGUGAAAAUGUGCACUAGAAGGCUCCUUGAGACAAAAAAAUGUCCUGACUUUAGUUGCUUGAAGCAGCCAAGUCCCUUGAACCAACAUCAAUCAUGGGAGAAAUCAUCCUCUUACAAUGGCACAUCCUCCAUGAAGGUUGUUGCUCGUGGUCAAGUUGAAGAUCCAAGCUCUCACCACUCACUUGCCAAUCAUUCUACUAAAGGAAACAUCUUCGAAGAAUCGACAGUGAUGAGGAGGAAGUUGAGGCCAUCUGCAACAACGGGUUAUCAGCAAAACCUUCUAAUGUUAAAAGAUGCAAGUUGCAACAACAACGACAACAGCAACUACUUACCCAAUUUAGCCCAAAAUUGGGACAUUAGCAGUGCAAUUGCGCACUCCAGCUUCCGUACUUUUACCACCAUGAAUCCGUCUACAGAAAUGCAACUGAAUGGAAAACUUUGGGGGACUGGGAACAAUUGAUGUCAACAGUAUUGUAUAAGAUGGUGUUAUGAACAAUACUAUUUAAAGAUGUAAGCUUCAGUUCUCUUGCUGUAUCUUUUGGUAUCCUAGAAAUAGAGUACCUUUCAAAUAAAAAUAAAUUAAUCUCUUAUCUCUGUA